AUGGACACACAUGUACUCGUCGAACUGCUUCGCGACGGUCCCAACGAGGAGCUGAUACGUACCGCCGGGGAUGCGGGUCAGGACCCCAAGGGCAUCGUGCCGUUGCUCGACGCAGAGUUGAAGCGCAGCGCCUCACGUCUCCAGCGUCUAAAGGAGUACAGAAAUAGGCUCAUGUCCCCGAUGUACCGCCUAGAACCGGAACUCCUUUCCAGGAUCAUGUUUAUCUAUGCACGCGAUAACGACGAGCUCUACAACCUGCGAUGGACGAGGUUGAUCUUCGUCUGCCGACGCUGGCAUGAUGUGGCGACGCACGCGUUGAAGCUUUGGAGCUUCAUUGAAGUCGUCGCGCCCGAUACAGUCAAAUCACUCACGAGAGCACCACAAGAGCUCUACGCCAGAGAUAUCGGGCGCGUGGGGAGUCAGCGCUCACGCGCAGCACAUUCGCCCUUGUCCGUCAAGAUGUCCGCGGCGGAUGCGGACCUUUACGAAGGGAAGACGACUUUCAUGUCGAUGUUCAAUUGGUAUCCCUCCUCACUAUCAUCCCUCAUCUUGACGGCCAAGGCCGGAUACGUCGAGCCGAUUGCCCGCAUGCUUGCUACCCAUAGACAUGACAUCCUUACGAACCUUAAGGUACGCUGUGGAGACUGCACAGUCGCUGAGCUGGCUACAUUGCGCUUGUCGUUCGACGUCGCAUUCCAAGAUAACCUACCUCAGCUUUCACAUCUGACAAUCGACAUCACGUUUGACUGGGCCCUGCUGCGCGGGCUGCGUACUCUCCGAGUCCUAUUCAGCAACUAUAGGGACGAUAGGGCAGCGUUGUCAUUAACCUUCACACUCCGGGACAUUGUCGAUGCUCUGGCACGUUGCCCUCUUCUAGAACAUCUAGAAAUACGUCUGCCGCAUGGCUUUGCGCACAAUGCCACCUCUGCCGUCUUUCCCGUCUCAUUACCAUAUCUUGAUACGGCCUUCAUUCAAGCUGCACUCAGCGUGUGCAGCGAGUUCCUCGGGGCACUCUCCGGCUCACCCAGCACAGCCAAGAUGUCUGUUAAUGCAACCAGUCCCUCGGAUGAUCUCUCUACGUUAUCCAGACUGUCCUCUUUCUUGAGCACCCAUGCGUCGAAUGAGGGGGCGCCGGUCAUCCGGUCGCUUGUCAUGGCUAGACAAUCCCGUCUAGGCGCUCUCGGGGCCCAGCGGACGUCGAUAUUGACCAUUAUUGGUCGUACGAGUACGACGCGUCUGGAUGGCAGAACAGCAAUGCCGCUGUCUUCCUGGUCCGUCGAGAGAGCGUACACAACAUCCUCUCAUAUCGGUUUCGAGGCCAAGAUAGCCGAUUCGCUUACUGAAUUGCAGGCCUUGACGAAUACGCUACGAAGCUGGCCGCUCUCGCAAGUCACACAUCUGGACUUGCGGUCGAUGAGUCCCGCUCAAAACCCCUUGUACAUCAUCCUCGAUGAGGUUCCUGCGGUGACAUCGGUCGUUGUCAGACCAAAUUCUUCAGCCGCACGCGAGCUCAUCGAGUACCUACGAUCGCAAUUGCGAGAAUAUGGGCGACGCGUACUCGCUCGUAUCGCAUUUGACGCUAGCAGUGUGAGAGACACGCAGGCUGGAGAUCUGGCUGGCUUGUUAGCAAAUCCUCUGUUGCCAUCUACCGCGACGGCACGAGAGACCGUGAUGCGCAUGUUGCUAUAUUGCAGAGAGGCUGCCACUGCGGGCGUAGCGAUGGACGUAAUCGAGCUCUACGACGAGCCAAAGUUGAAUACGAGGCAUCGCUUGAUGGAUCCCGAGGAGGAGAUCGACUGGAGUGAAUUGUAUAGCGAUCUUCGUUAUGGAUUUGUGUAUGAAGGUGUUCUGCACAGUGGCAAUCCGGAGUAUGAUGGUAGAAGAUGGGACUCGUUCAAGCGCGAUGGUGACAUGUAG